GACAACUAAAUAUAUAAUAUAAUGUCUGAACUUCAUUCUUCUCUGCAGCUUCCUGUGUUAGACUUAACACAACCAAUUGAGUCCUCUAUACUGUCUUCUCUCUCUGAGGCUUGUAAAGAGUGGGGAUUCUUCUAUGUCACCAAUCAUGGAAUCUCUAAAGAGAUGUUCAGCAAAAUUUGUUCCUUGUCCAGAGAUGUUUUCAAAGCUCCUCUUGAAUCAAAGCUCAAGCUUGGUCCCAUUUCAUAUACUCCUCGGUACAUCGCCUCUCCUUAUUUCGAAAGCCUUGUUGUCUCUGGACCUGAUUUCUCUGAUUCUGCCAAAGCUUCAGCAGAUGUUUUGUUCCAAGAUCAUCAUAAACCAGAGUUAAGGUUGUCAUUACAACACAAAUCAGUGUUUCUUUUUACAUAUUGUGUGUUUCACAUCUUUUUAUUGGCUUGAACCUUUUACCUCUCCUCUUUUUUUGUUCAGAGAAACAAUGCAAGAAUACGGAGCUAAAAUGGCAGAAUUGUCCAAAAGACUCAUAAAGAUUCUCUUGAUGAUGACUUUAGGAGAUGAAACCGGAAAGAGACUCUACCAAACUGACUUUAGCAACUGUCAUGGAUACUUAAGGCUAGUGAACUACACACCUCCACACGACGUGGAGAAGCAAGAAGAGCUCGUUGAAGGUCUCGGGAUGCACACUGAUAUGAGCUGCAUAACAAUAGUCUAUCAAGAUUCCGUUGGUGGGCUUCAGAUGAGGUCUAAAGAAGGGAAAUGGAUCGAUAUAAACCCGUGCAACGAUUUCCUUGUUGUUAAUAUUGGAGACCUUAUGCAAGCAUGGAGUAAUGGACGGCUGAGAUCAUCUGAACAUCGAGUUGUAUUGAGAAAGUUGGUGAACAGAGUCUCUCUGGCGUUUUUUCUCUGUUUUGAGGAUGAGAAAGUGAUACUUGCACCUCAAGAAAUUGUGGGUGAGGGAAAACAAAGAAGCUACAAGUCGUUUAAGUGUUCGGAGUACCUGAAGUUCAGACAGAGCAAUGAAGAAGGGAAGUUUGAGAAGAUUGGUUUCACUGUCAAAGACUUUGCUGGACUAAAGCUGGCUCAACCAGAUGAUCCUUAGAGACCAAACUGGUGUUUCGGUUUAGAGAUCACUAAACCGGUUUUAGAAGAAGAAAGAUAUUGUUGCGAGUGUUAACUAGUGGAAUCAAAAGCUUUUGGAUUUGAUUUUUGUAUUAAAAAAUGUUCUGAGUUUUUCUAUAACCAUCUAAAGUAAUGUUUCAGAGGUUUUUCGACAUGUUUAUUCAAAGUGGGAGUUUUUGUCAAAGCCAACAUCAUAUGUAUUCAGUUUCAAUGUGAACAAAGAAG